CAGCCCCGCCGCUUCGGCUGGGAGGAUACUACCAUUCCGAUUAGGGCAGCUGUUGCCAACGAUGCAAUGCCUCCUUCAUGGAAUGAACGCUGGGCAUAGGCACCGUGUAGUGCCGUGGUCUUCUUGAAGAGGCUGCACCGUCCUGGUCUUUUGUGAUUAUUCGCCACAAACAAACAGCCCCGGAGCGCAUAAGGUACCCAGUGAAGACUUGGACACGCGGGUUUAUGGUUAGCGGAGAGAAGCUGGAGCGGAAGCUGGAACCAUGGGUUUAACAUUAAGCCUUUGAUGAACUGAAAUAAGCUGGACCCUCUUGACUCAUCCAACCCGCUCCUGCCCAUAGCGGGGGCUCCCCUUUCCCCCUCACCUUCCAGAGUUAUGGCAGGCUUUAAGCGUGGCUACGAUGGCAAGAUCGCCGGCCUGUACGACCUGGACAAGACCCUGGGCCGUGGCCACUUCGCUGUAGUCAAGCUGGCACGCCAUGUCUUCACUGGGGAGAAAGUGGCGGUGAAGGUGAUUGACAAGACUAAGCUAGACACAGUGGCGACGGGCCAUCUUUUCCAGGAGGUCCGCUGCAUGAAGCUGGUGCAGCACCCCAACAUUGUGCGCCUGUAUGAAGUGAUAGAUACGCAGACGAAGCUUUAUCUCAUCCUGGAGCUUGGAGAUGGAGGAGAUAUGUUUGACUACAUUAUGAAGCAUGAGGAGGGCUUGAACGAAGAGUUGGCUAAGAAAUAUUUUGCCCAAAUUGUCCACGCUAUCUCCUACUGUCAUCGGCUGCACGUGGUGCACAGGGACUUGAAACCCGAGAACGUGGUGUUCUUUGAAAAACAAGGGCUGGUCAAGCUCACUGACUUUGGAUUCAGUAACAAGUUUCAGCCAGGAAAAAAGCUGACCACCAGCUGUGGAUCUUUGGCAUACUCAGCUCCUGAAAUACUACUGGGUGAUGAGUAUGAUGCUCCGGCUGUAGAUAUCUGGAGUCUUGGUGUGAUACUGUUCAUGUUGGUUUGUGGCCAGCCACCCUUCCAGGAAGCUAACGACAGUGAGACCCUCACCAUGAUCAUGGACUGUAAAUACACUGUACCACCUCAUGUCUCCAGCACCUGCAAAGAUCUGAUAGACCGCAUGCUGCAGAGGGAUCCCAAACAACGAGCCUCCCUGGAGGAGAUUGAGAGCCAUGCCUGGCUGCAGGGGGUGGACCCAUCCCCAGCCACCAAGUAUAGCACUCCCCUGGUCUCUCACAAAAACCUGUCAGAGGAGGAACAUAACAGCAUCAUCCAGCGCAUGGUGCUGGGAGACAUUGCAGAUCGGGAGACCAUAGUCGAAGCCCUAGAGACCAACAAAUACAACCACAUCACAGCUACAUACUACCUGCUAGCAGAAAGAAUCCUGAGGGAGAAGCAGGAGAAGGAUGUGCAGACCCGCUCCUCAAGUCCCAGCAACAUCAAGGCACACUUCAGGCAGUCCUGGCCCACCAGAGUGGAUAUGCACCAGGAUAUUGAGGAUAGUUUAGCAGCUUCGUCCAUCUCUCACGCAGGAGGCCCUCAGUCCCCUGCUCGCAGUGCUGAGAACCUGCUCAAUGGACAUCGCUCUAAAGCCAUGAUGGAGCUGGGCAGACGGGAAGAGAGCACGGUGACUGACUCUCCGGGGUCGGCACAGGGAGCGUGUGCUGCUGCUUCAGGUCCUGCUCCUGGCACCAUCAGGACUCCCACUCCCUCCACCUCAGCAGCAGCUAAGCAGCGAACCUGCCUGUUCAGAGUGGAGGAGGAUGAAGAGGAGGAGGAAGAGCAGGACCCGUCUCCCCUACCAACUCAGGUGAUCCUGCGGCGGAAGCCCCCCUCCAUUACCAACCGCCUUACGUCCAGGAAGAGUGCCCCAGUGCUCAACCAGAUCUUUGAAGAGGAGGGAGAGUCCGACGAUGACUUCGACAUGGAUGAGGGUCUGCCGCCCAAACUCAGCCGUCUCAAAAUGAACAUGGCCGGGAACGCCGGCACUCUGAGCUCGUCGUCGUCCCCGGGAUCCACGCAGAAGCGCUAUCAUCGGCGCAAGAGUCAGGGAAGGGGAUCGUCAUGCUCGAGCUCUGAGACGAGCGAUGAUGACUCCGAGAGCCACCGGAGGCGCCUGGAUAAAGACUCAGGCUUCAGCUACAGCUGGAACAGGAGGGACAGCAGUGAAGGGCCACCUGGCAGCGAGGGGGGGAACGGUGGAGGCAGCAGCUCAGGGCAGGGGAAGCCCCCCACUGAGGGAGGAGGGUCCUCUGGCCCAGACAGGGGGAGUCCUGGAGCGGGAGGUAACGGAGGAGGACAGAGUGGCAGUGGAGGAGGGGGGAGUGGGGGAGGAGGAGGGGGUAAUAAAGGACAAGACAGCCCUUCCAGUUGUUGUAACAACAGUAGCACUACUAACCCGUCCCUUGGCUCUCAGCCCCGGGCCUCGCGCACUGCAAGCCGCAGCGCUGAGCUGGUGGAGAGUCUCAAGCUGAUGAGCUUGUGCCUCAGCUCACAGCUGCAGCACCACCACGCUGGGAGAGGUGGUCGAGGGGGUGGGGGGAAAUUCAUCAUAGACCCCCAUAGCCUCUCAGGAGGGAGUGUGAAAAUCCAGGAGAAGUCCACCUGGAGGAUGUGCAUCGGGUCCACUGGGAGCCUGGACACCAUCACCCUCCCCACCACCACUAUCACCGGCCUGCCUCGCACCCAUACCCCACAACACCAUCACAACCGCAAAACGGUGCCGCACAGCGGCCCGGGUGGCAGGAACACUCAUGGCAACCUGAGCACCCUGAAGAACAGCGUGAUUCAACUACCUCUGUGCGAGAAGACCAUCUCUGUCAACAUCCAGCGAGGUGGAGGCUCCAGGGAUGGCCUGCUCUGUACCUCAGCUCCAGCCAGCUGCUGCCAGGUCAUCUGAAGCUCGCUGACACCCUGUGGACCAUGACCCACCGACACCAAGUUUUCUCAGUCACUCUUCCCCUCCUGCUUCAGGUAGUUUCUUUGAACACUACUCUGCUUUUGAACCUUCCUGUCUAGUUUGCUGUAGCAGGUAGCUGAGCUCCCACAACCACCUGCCUCUCAGCUCACCACCUCUCCUGUCACUUUUUGUUCCGUGCCCUGCUCCCUACCAAUUGUUGGUGGUUAUAAAUGUCUAUUAGUGUUUUUAUGUUUUUCAUUAUAUUCUUGUUUUAUGUGUCCUGACUGCACUUUGACAUUCUAAAUGAUUUGUAUUAGAGCAUUUAAAAUAAGGAGGCUCGCAUUUAAAGUGGACCUGUUCUGCUCAUUUCCAGCUUUGUGGUUUUUAUUCGUGGAUUCUAUUAGAGUGGCUUUGCAUGAGUCACUGUUUAAAAUAAUAAUUGCUUUUCAUUUUUAAUUAGACUGACUUCAUACUAGUUAGUUCACCCUCUGUCUGAAACAGUGUAAAAUAAGCUUCCGUACUGUUUCACGUAACAGCGCCUUUAUGAGAAAAGAAGGAAAAGCAGAAUAGGUCCACUUGAAGAGCAGAGCAUUAGGGCCACUGUGAAAAGCAUUUUGAGAAGUAUUUAUUGGAGUGUAAAUUAAAAAAAAAAAAAAAGGAAAAAUACCACGAGGUAAAAUUGUAAUUUUACAAACCUGUACAUAUAAAAGUUGUAACUGUAUGACAAAGUUGGGAAGAAAAAGUGAUUGUACUCUGAGGUAAAGUUUACAUUUUCUAGGAGAAGGUCAUUAUUAUAAUUAUAUUCCUGAAAACAUA